GAGUACCGAAGCGGAUGAGACAUUCUUUCAGACAGUUGCGCAUUAAUUAGUCUGCACUACGUUGUUCAGAGGAUGUAUGGUUGAUUUUUCUCUGUGUUUUGUUUAUUUAAAAUUUGGAGCUUUUUGUUAUCGUGUACAGAAUAUUUUAGGAAUCGGGCACUUUGUGGCAACGCUUGUUCAAAUUCAAUCUAAUCAGUUCCAAGGAAGGAGGGAUACUGUCGCGCGGGUCGCACCUGCCCUCGGGGACUGCUCUCAUCUGUCUCUUCAACUGGAACCAAAACUGCGCUGGGGAGCUGUCCUGCAAAACAAGCUAUGGGAUACAAGGAAGACUGCUGAGUUUCUUACAUUUUGAUCUAAGGAUUGUUGGGAUUAAAAACGAAAGGGAAUUUGUCACUUUUGGACUAUUAGCCCUAGCUGCGAAUUUUCUCCGUUUUCAUCCUCAGCCAACACUUUUGGCUCUUCCUUGGGAUUGAUUUUAUUGAAGUAGGGCUAUCAUCUGUGGUCGACAGAAUGGCCCCGCUCGACUGCGCGAAACUGUCAAUCCUCCUUCAUUUGAUCACAUAUAUCACCGGUCAGGUCAGCCUACCGGACCCUCUUCUGCUUCCCUCUGGGGACACACACCUUCGCCACACUGGGAAGUCACUCACCCUCACCUGCAGAGGUGCCGCCCAACUGCACUGGAGGCUGCCCUGGCGGGACGUCACCUCGGAGGGGGUGCGCGUGGAGGAGUGUGAGCCCCAGCUGCACGCCCACUGCAGUAAGUUGCUGGUGAGCCACCUGAGCCCCAACGACACGGGCCUCUACAGCUGCAGGUACACCCAGCCCUCCGCCGACUUCAGCUCCACCUACAUCUACGUCAAAGAUCACCAGCAUCCGUUUGUGGAGCACCAUUUCCCCAUUCCAUACACCUUGUUUACAUACAGACAUGAGGCCACCCUAGUGAUUCCCUGUAGAACAACUUCUCCUGACCAGAUUGUCACUCUUGAAGGGCUGCCACCCUUAUCAGAGGAGAUAGAACAAUGGAAGGAAUGGGACCCCAAAAUAGGCUUCGUGAUCCCAUAUGGUCCCUACGAAUCCUUUCGUCUCCUGACCUGUGUUACCAGCGUUGACGGCCAACAGGUCCAGUCGCAGUACAUCCCUCUGAGGCAAACUAACUUCCUGAGGAACGUAAAGAUCAACCCUGAACGUAUCAAGCUGUUAGUGGGAGAUACUCUGGUCCUCAACUGCUCUGCAGAGACCACCUUCAACGGAAGGAUCAACUUCCAAUGGGAGUACCCAAAGAGGAUGGUCAAUCGGAACCCCACCGUCAAUAAGAUCAGAGAGAAUCCGGCUUUGAUCACCAGGAUGUACAAAGCCAUCACCUUGUCCAACAUCACCAUGGACGACAGGGGCAUGUACAGGUGCACGGCGGAGAUAGGGAACGCUGAGAUGGGGAAAAAGAAGCACGCCUCAGCCAAGGUCACCAUCUACGAACAUCCAUACCUGAAUGUGUCCUAUAAGAAUGAAUGGGCCAGGAGAGUAGUCUACACAGAGGGUAGAAACAAGCUGAUGUUUGAACCCAAGGUCAAUGCACUGCCACCAACCGACACCAUGGCAUGGUAUAAGGAUGGCGUCCCCAUCAACGAGAACUCCACUUGUUACGAGUCUUCAGGCUACAACCUACUCAUCAAGGAUGUGAAGCAGAAGGAUGCUGGGGUCUUCACCAUCGCCCUGGGCAACAAGGAGAAAGGCCUCUACAGGAAUCUCAGCUACACUCUGGUAGUCCGAGUGAGGCCUAUGAUCUCAGAAGAGGAGGUGGCCUCGGUAGACGUCCAACCAUACAUGUUCGGCAAGCAGCACCAGCUAACCUGCACCGCCUUUGGAGUGCCCAUGCCCGACAUCACGUGGCUCUGGCAACCAUGCCACCCUGACCCCACCGACAAAGAGUGCACCCUUUACACUGAGCCAAUCCCAGUUCAAAUGGACGAUAAAGGGAACUACUCACACAACUGGAUUGAGAGCAUAAACAACCAAACUGAACUGGUGAAAGGAAAGAACAAGACUGUGAGUACGCUAGUGGUGGGAGCGGCUAACGUCACAGGGAUCUACUCCUGCGCAGCCCAGAACAAACUUGGCACCCGUACACUGAGAACCCCCUUCUAUGUGGACGAUCACCCUCAGCACCUGGCCAUUGAGCCCCAGACUGCCAUCGAGGGUGACGAUGUCACUCUGACCUGCAGGGGGACUCGGUACCUGUACACAGACCUGCAGUGGAAGGACCCUCAGAACUCCACCAUCACCAACAAUGUCACGGCACUGCAGUUCAGCCCCUACUCUAUCUCCCUCUCCCUAAGCCUGCACAAUGUGUCCAGGAAUCACACAGCAGGCUACCAGUGCUGGGCGCACAAGAUCCACAACAAGAGAGCUAUAGUCAAGACUGUGCUGACUGUGCAUGAGAGGAAGAGGCCGUGGCUCAGACAGAACCUGACCAAUCAAGAUGUAAACAGCAGCAGCACUCUGACUAUGGCCUGCUACGCCCUGGGUGUGCCGCCACCCUACAUCACCUGGUACAAAGACAACCUACCAGUACAGGAGGGUCCAGGUAUUACCCUGAGGGAGGAUGGGGUGCUGACGAUCAAGAGAGUGAAGAAAGACGAUGAGGGCUUCUACGAGUGUCUGGCCAGCAACGGUGAGGGGAGUGUGAAAGCCAGUGCUGUGGUCACUGUCGUGGGUGAUGAGGGGAAGCCCAACAUUGAGGUGAUCGUCCUGGUGUGUACAGGAGCUGCUGCCACCUUCCUCUGGCUCAUGCUCAUCCUCUUCAUCCGCAAGCUGAGGAAGUCUGUGGACUAUAAAAUGGGUCCAUCCAUCAUCAUCGACCCAGACGAGUUUCCUCUGGAUGAGCAGUGUGAACUCCUGCAGUAUGACAGCAGCAAGUGGGAGUUUCCCCGAGACCGCCUCAGACUGGGCAAAACUCUGGGCCAUGGAGCCUUCGGGAAAGUGGUGGAGGCUUCUGCUUUUGGGAUCGACAAGCUCUCGACCUGCAAGACUGUGGCUGUCAAAAUGCUGAAAGGAGGAGCUACGACAAAUGAGCGCAAGGCUCUGAUGUCCGAGCUGAAGAUCCUGAUCCACAUUGGUCAUCAUCUGAACGUGGUCAACCUGCUGGGAGCCUGCACCAAGCCUGGAGGUCCAUUGAUGAUGAUAGUGGAGUACUGCAAAUAUGGAAACUUGUCAAACUACUUAAGAAGCAAGAGGGCGGAUUUCAUCGUCUAUAAGAGCCAGGACGGUAAGCUGGUGACGUCGGGGUCGGGCUGUGACCUCAGCGAGCUCAUCAAGCGGCGCCUGGAGAGCGUGGCAAGUACCGGAAGCUCGGCCAGCUCCGGCUUUGUGGAAGAUAAGAGCUACUGCGACUCAGAGGAAGAGGAGGAAGAGCCAGAGGAUCUGUACAAGAGAGUAUUGACAAUGGAAGAUUUGAUUUGCUACAGUUUCCAAGUUGCAAAAGGCAUGGAGUUCCUGGCUUCACGCAAGUGUAUUCAUCGUGACCUGGCUGCAAGAAACAUCUUACUGUCGGAGAAUAAUGUUGUGAAGAUUUGCGAUUUUGGACUGGCCAGAGACGUCUACAAAGACCCAGACUACGUUCGCAAAGGAGAUUCCAGACUGCCCCUCAAGUGGAUGGCGCCAGAGGCCAUUUUUGACAAGAUCUACACCACUCAGAGCGAUGUGUGGUCCUUUGGAGUCCUAAUGUGGGAGAUUUUCUCUCUGGGUGCCUCUCCAUAUCCUGGCUUACACAUCGACGAGGAGUUCUGCUGCCGACUGAAGGAAGGGACCAGGAUGAGAGCUCCGGAAUACUCCUCCUCGGAGAUAUACCAGACCAUGUUGGACUGCUGGCAGGGCGAGUCAGGAGACCGGCCAACCUUCACUGAGCUGGUGGAGAGACUAGGAGACCUGCUACAGGCUAGUGUACAGCAGGAGGGCAAGCAUUACAUCCCAAUAGCAGCCCUGCUGUCCAAGGAGGGAGACCCCUCCAACACGGCCCGGUCAGAGGAGACCAACACCAGGCCGCUCUCUCACCGCGACUCAGGGAGUACCUGGAACAUCCGGCCGGGAAGUGUGAAGACCUUUGACGAGGUUACCAUGGAGAACAGCUCUAACGACAACCAUGAGGGGGGACAGUCGGACAGUGGGAUGGGCCUGUCGUCUGACGAUGGGAACACGCUGAAGCGCCUGGAAUCUUUUGCCUGACCUCCCUGCAUCAUGGCCCUGGCGAUGAAGGCAGUGAGUAGGAGUAUGGAGUCGGUGCUGAUUGAGGAAGAGAAGGACAAGUACCCUCAGCCUGUCCCCUCUCUGGACUUCAUCCUGAACAACUCUUCCCUGGAGCCCGGUCUGGAGUGCCACAGCCCGCUCCCUGACUACAACCACAUAGUGCGCCCCUACACCCCACCUGUGUAGCCCCACCCCAUCGCCGUGGGAGACACCCCCCCCCCCGACCCUGGUGGAGAGUCUGACUGAAUGCCUCAAGGCCUCUCCUUUGUUCUCCUCUGUUCUAACUCGCCCUGGUCUUCACAGUGCACCGUAAAAUACCUGCUGCUGCCUCUCUCCUUUUAACUUCUUCCAUUUCUCCUCGUCCCCGGGGCUUGAGCUAGAGACAAGUUUGAGACGCUUUGUUACAACAUGGGAUCUGUUACUUUAGGACUGUGACACCUUUCUGUGUAUCUGCACUUAGCCUGCCUGCUUCCCAUCAGCCCACAGUGCAGGAAGGAGGAAGAAGAGUCUGCCUUCUCAGCCUGUCCCAGGGGUUCAUCUAUGUGCUGCUGGUCUUCUCCAUACCCCACUGUGAUAUCCAUACCACAGGAGGUUGGUGGCACCUUAAUUGGGGAGGACGAGCUCGUGGUAAUGACUGGAGCGGAGUAAGUGGAAUGGUAUCAAGUACAUGAAACACAUGGUUGCAAUGUGUUUGAUGCCAUUCCUUUAGCUCCAUUCCAGACAUUACUAUGAGCCGUCCUCCCCUCAGCAGCCUCCACUGAUCCACACAUACAGAUACCUAUAGAUACCUAUAGACCUACAGUGCUUUCAGAAAGUUUUCAUACAGUUGAAGUCGGAAGUUUACAUACACUUAUGUAGGUGUCAUUAAAAAUCGUUUGUCAACUACUCCACAAAUUUCUUGUUAACAAACUAUAGUUUUGGCAAGUCGGUUAGGACAUCUACUUUGUGCAUGACACAAGCCAUUUUUCCAACAAUUGUUUACGGACAGAUUAUUUCACUUUUAAGUCACUGUAUCACAAUUCCAGUGGGUCAGAAGUUUACAUACACUAAGCUGACUGUGCAUUUAAACAGCUUGGAAAAUUCCAGAAAAUGUCAUGGCUUUAGAAGCUUCUGAUAGGCUAAUCGACGUCAUUUGAGUCAAUUGGAGGUGUACCUGUGGAUGUAUUUCAAGGCCUACAUUCAAACUCAGUGCCUCUUUGCUUGACAUCAUGGGAAAAUCUAAAUAAAACAGCCAAGACCUCAGAAAAAAGUCUGGUUCAUCCUUGGGAGCAAUUUCCAAACGCCUGAAGGUACCACGUUCACCUGUACAAACAAUAGUACGCAAGUAUAAACACCAUGGGACCACGCAGCCGUCAUAACACUCAGGAAUGAGACGCUUUCUGUCUCCUCGAGAUUAAUGUAUUUUGGUGCGAGAAGUGCAAAUCAAUCCCAGAACAACAGCAAAAGACCUUGUGAAGAUGCUGGAGGAAAUGGGUACAAAUGUAUCUAUAUCCACAGUAAAACGAGUCUUAUAUCGACAUAACCUGAAAUGCCGCUCAGCAAGGAAGGAGCCACCGCUCCAAAACCACCAUUAAAAAGCCAGACUACGGUCUGCAACUGCACAUGGGGACAAAGAUUGUACUUUUUGGAGAAAUGUCCUCUGGUUUGAUGAAACAAAAUUAGAAUUGUUUGGCCAUAAUGACCAUCGUUAUGUUUGGAGGAAAAAGGGUGAUGCUUGCAAGCCAAAGAACACCAUCCCAACCGUAAAGCACAGGGGUGGCAGCAUCAUGUUGUGGGGGUGCUUUGCUGCAGGAGGGACUGGUGCACUUCACAAAAUAGAUGGCAUCAUGAGGGAGGAAAAUUAUGUGGAUAUAUUGGAGCAACAUCUCAAGACAUCAGUCAGGAAAUUAAAGCUUGGUCGCAAAUGGGUCUUCCAAAUGGACAAUGACCCCAAGCAUACUUCCAAAGUUGUGGCAAAAUGGCUUAAGGACAACAAAGUCAAGGUAUUGGAGUUUCCAUCACAAAGCUCUGACCUCAAUCCUAUAGAAGAUUUGUGGGCAGAACUGAAAAAGUGUGUGCGAACAAGGAGGCCUAGAAACCUGACCCAGUUACACCGGCUCUGUCAGGAGAAUGGGCCAAAAUUCACCCAACUUAUUGUGGGAAGUUUGUGGAAGGCUACCCGAAACGUUUGACCCAAGUUAAACAAUUUAAAUGCAAUGCUAUCAAAUACUAAUUGAGUGUAUGUAAACUUCUGACCCACUGGGAAUGUGAUGAAAGAAAUAAAAGCUGAAAUAAAUCAUUCUCUCUACUGUUAUUCUGCCAUUUCACAUUCUUAAAAUAAAGUUGUGAUCCUAACUGUCAUAAGACAGGGAUUCUUUACUCUGAUUAUAUGUCAGGAAUUGUGAAAAACUGAAUUUAAAUUCAUUUGGCUAAGGUGUAUGUAAACUUCUGACUUCAACGGUACCUCUUGACUUAAUCCACAUUUUAUUGUGUUACAGCCUGAAUUCAAAAUUGAUUAAAUAUAUUUUUUUUCUCACCCAUCUACAAUUAAAUGUACAAUAUCAAACAAGAUAAUAUAAAAUCAUAAGACAGUUAUGUAUAUUUUUCUGUAUAUCAAAUUAUAUAUACAUUAACUUAAUUUCCUUUAAAGACUGAGACAUUAGUUAGAAUCUAAAUAUUGCACAAUGUUCUCAUUUGUGAGAUCCUCACACAAUACCCCAUAAUGACAAAGUGAAAACAUGUUUUUAGACAUUUUUGCAAAUUUAUUGAAAAUGAAAUACAGAAAUAACUCAUUCACAUCAUUAUUCACACCCCUGAGUCAAUACUUUGUAGAAGCACCUUUGGCAGCGAUUACAACUUUGAGUCGUUCUGGGUAAGACUCUAAAAGCUUUCCACACAUGGAUUGUGCAACAUUUUCCCAUUAUUAUUUUCAAAAUUCUUCAACCUCUGUCCAAUUGGUUGUUGAUCAUUGCUAAACAACCACUUUCAGGUCUUGCCAUAGAUUUUCAAGUAGAUUUAAGUCAAAACGGUAAUUCGGCCUCUCAGGAACAUUCACAGUCUUCUUGGUAAGAAAUUGCAGUGUAAAUUUGGCCUUGUGUUUUAGGUUUAUCCUGAAAAACUCCCCAGUCCGUAACGAUUGCAAGCAUACCCAUAACAUGAUGCAGCAACCACUAUUCUUGAAAAUAUGGAGAAUAGUGUUGUAUUGGAUUUGCCCCAAACAUAACAAUUUGUAUUCAGGACAAAAAAGUUAAUUGCUUUGACAAUUUUUUUGCAGUAUUACUUUAGCGCCUUGCUACAAACAGGAUGCAUGUUUUAUACAUGUUUUUUUCUGUACAGGCUUCCUUAUUUUCCCUCUGUCAAUCAGGUUAGUAUUGUGAAGUAACUACAAUGUUGUUGAGCCAACCUCAGUUUUCUGCUGUGACAGCCAUUAAACGCAGUAACUGUUUUAAAGUCACAAUUGGCCUCUUGGUGAAUUCCCUGAGCAGUUUCCUUCCUCUCCGGCAACUGAGUUAGGAAGGAUGCCUGCAUCGUUGUAGUGACUGGGUGUAAAUAAUGACUUCACCAUGCUCAAAGUGAUAUUCAGUGUCUGCUUUUUCAAAUGUUUACCCAUCUGCCAAUGGGGGCCCUUCUUUGAGAGGCAUUGGAAAACGUCCCUGGUCUCUGUGGUUUAAUCUGUGUUUGAAAUUCACUGCUCGACUGAGGGACCUUACAAUUAUCUGUAUGUGUGGGUUACAGAGAUGAGAUAGUCAUUCAAAAAUAAUGUUAAACAUUAUUAUUACACGCAGAGUGAGUCCAUGCAAGUUAUGUGACUUGUUAAGCAAAGCUUUACUCAAGAACUUAUUUAGGCUUGCCAUAACAAAGGGGUUGAAUACUUAUUUCAUUUAAUCCAUUUUAAAUUCAGGCAGUAAUACAAAAAAAAAGUGGUAAAAGUCAAGGGGUGUGAAUACUUUCUGAAGGCACUGUAUGCAAACCUAAAGACAGGCUCAGGCUAUGAUCUACUGUGAACAACACUAAGAAGCACAACAGAUUCCAGACGUAUAACACAUGAAAUGUAGUGGUAGCAGGUUAUACUGUUGUGUAAAUUAAGAAUGUGUAACUAUGUGGCUGUGUUACUAUGGGGAUAAAACAUGUAAACAGAGAAAGAAAAUAGGUUGGAGAAUUGAGGCAUUUCUUGUUUUACUAUUUUAUAUCUGUACAAAUGUUUUAUAGAAUAGAAAACUGGAAAGUAAAUGUGCUAUUUUAUUAUAUUAAGUAAUAAUUAUUGUGUUUUCUUUUAGUUCGUAAUAUGAGGUUUAAUAAACAUUCUUAUCACAAAGUUGGUAUUUUCAAGCAUGUAUUACUCAGCUUGACUUUAGCUAAUGCUCACGUUUUUAAAAGGCACCUGUCGGACAGAUUAUCGGAACGGUUCGUGAAUAAUUGAAUCUGCCAGUUUGAAAAGAUUUCUCACUUGAGUACUCCGAUCCCCAGUCUUCCCAGUGAACAUGUUUAAAAUAUAUAUAUAUUUUUCCCUUUCGCCUCAGAGAGAAGAAAGGGUUGAGACUGUAGAUGGGUAUUGGCUCAGUCUGAGUAGUAGUAGUUUCAACAGCCCAUAAAGUCCCAAUGCCCUCUGAAUAGGGUUAAGGUAUGAACGGAACAGGGCAAAACGGAGAGUAAUACCACACUGCUUUGGAUUUAACACUACUUCUCUACCGUGAAGGCAUUUUAAAUGAAAAGUACGAUUUGGAUUCCUUCCCCUAUCCCGAUAUGGGCCCGUUCAUGAGGAAAACCUAACUGUAUAUUAUUGUUAUGGCCUGAGUGCAAAAAGGAAAUGAGAUGCUACAAGAGAGCCACAUGGACAAAGCUAGUUAAAAACAUGAGCUUGGAUUAGAAUUCCACAUGAAGCGUGUGUCUGAGAAAGCACUAGUAAAAUAAACCAUGCAUAUUUAUUAAGGUUUAUAUUAUACGUUGUCGCUUACUAAUCCAGAUCAAAUGUCCUCUUCAAUAUGUCACACUGAAGAGUUAACCAAAGGAUUUGUACCCUCUGACUCCUUGAUAACAAGAUAUGGAACAUUCCGGAUUUUAAUUCCAGAUUUAUAUGCUGUUUCCACUGCUGUAUAUACUUUAAUUACAUUAGGAAAGAUGAAGGAAUAUACUGUUUGUUAGCAGGAAUGUUUAGAAUAGAAAGCUUCUGCUACUGAUCCAUUUUGUAACACUAAAAGUGUUAGUGAAGCUUGCAGGGCAGGCUACAGGAAUCCUAUGUGUUAUCCAGGCUGGUCACAAUACACUGGUCACUGAAAGUUAUCUACUUUCUCACGUUUAGCCUGUAAUUACCUUUAUAAACAAGGCUGUUAUGCACAGAUUUAAGGGGAAAGUAUCAGGAUGAAGAGUUGAAAUGUUUGAAAAAAUAUGCAUCUUUGGUUAAAUAAAACUUCCAGUGACACCAGCUAGUCUUUCCUUACAAAUAGGAGGAAUUGAUCGUUUGUGUGUGUUAAGCUACUACAAUGUGCCAAUACAAUACAUUAUUCAUUAAGGUUUAUUAUGAAUCCUGUCUCUAAACCCCAAAAUCCUGCCAAAUUAUGUUUGCGUUGUUAAUGUGGACUGACUGGGUCUUGUGUUCAAUGUGGAGGGGAAAAGUAUAUGCACUGAUAUUUUCUAUCAAAUAUAGAUUUUUGUAAUCUAAAUGUAUUUUUAUUAUUAACCAAGCAUAAGAAGUGAAUAAAUGAAUAAAGAUCUAUAUAUUUAUAAAUUA